AUGGAUGGAGGAAAUCGUUCAGUGGUGUCUGAAUUUUUGUUGCUGGGACUCACUAGUUCUCGGGAGUUUCAGAUUCUUCUUUUUCUGUUUUUCACAUUAUUUUAUAUAGCAAGUAUGCUAGGCAACCUUUUCACUGUGCUCACCAUCGUUGUAGACCAUCACUUACAUUCACCCAUGUACUUUCUGCUGGCUAAUCUCUCCUUCAUCGACACGGGGGUUUCCAGCAUUGCAACCCCGAAGAUGAUUUAUGAUCUUUUCAGAAAACAUAAAGUCAUCUCCUUGAAAGGGUGCAUUACGCAGAUGUUCUUUAUUCACACGGUUGGGGGCACAGAGAUGGUACUGCUCAUAGUCAUGGCCUAUGACCGAUACAUUGCUAUCUGUAAGCCCCUCCACUACCUAACCAUUAUGAGCCUAAGAAUGUGCAUUUUCCUUUCGGUUGCGGCUUGGACCAUUGGGCUCAUCCACUCUGUGGCUCAACUGGCAUUUGUGGUAAACUUACCUUUCUGUGGUCCCAACAAAAUGGACAGCUUUUAUUGUGAUUUCCCUCGUUUCAUCAAACUUGCAUGUAUGGAUACAUACAAGCUGGAGUUUCUGGUCACUGCCAACAGCGGUUUCAUUUCUAUGGGCACCUUCUUCAUCCUGAUUAUAUCUUACAUCUUUAUUUUGAUCACAGUUCGCAAACACUCUUCAGGUGGCUCAUCCAAGGCUCUUUCCACCCUCUCAGCUCACAUUACCGUGGUGGUCUUUUUUUUUGGUCCUUGCAUUGUCAUCUAUGUAUGGCCAUUCCCAACCUUACCCAUUGAUAAAUUUUUAGCUAUCUUUGAUGCCCUUAUCACUCCCUUUAUGAAUCCCAUUAUAUAUACCUUUAGAAAUAAAGAGAUGAAGGUGGCUAUGAGGAGACUGUUGAGUAAGGUUCUAAGUUUCAGAAAGGAUUCUUUCAUGCACAAUCUAAGAAACUCAAAUUCAUCUUGA